GUCAGUGACAUCAGUGUCAGGGUUGCUGUAUUGCUGCAUUGCUUGCGCUGAUCGCCUCACUCGCCCUGGUACUUCUUGAGCACCAUACUUUCCAGUGAUUGGAGCCAAAGCUCUAGAUCUGUUGACAACAGCUCAGGAACUUCAAUCAAAAUGCCAUCUGCUUGGUGACAAUUUGAAAAGUGUAGACGGCCGCCCGUUGAAGGUCUCUCGAACGAAAUUUGCUUGGGGAAGCAACAAUUCUGGCAAAGAAAGUCACAGGUGCAGCUUUGAUGACAAGAACUCGGUGCACCACCAUACAUCACACACCUUAAUGUCCAUAACACCGCUUCUUCAGCCAAUGAAGUAGAAGGCAGCCAACUGGAGUAAACAGCGAUACAGGGGCAAAACUAGAAGGCGCUCACUCCAUUGGGCGGGAGAGCGCUCACAGUGGUCCUUCUCUGAAGAGCAAGAAGGCACAACCCAAGCUGGCCUCCCCAUAUCGGAGCCCUGGAAACAGACUGAACCAGAAGGACCUUCAAUUGGACCGCCUACAUUGAUCGUAGCACUGUCCACAUCUGUUUCGUCAACAAGUGCAAUCUAAAAGUCAGCAAGCCGGACCCUUAAGUUGGAAGCAAGAAGAGUAUUAUUCAGUCAGCUGACACAAUCCCCAGAGGCUGGGCCGCACGAUGCGGGCGGUGGUGCAGCGAGUCGUCUCUGCCAAAGUGGAGGUUGGUGGCGAGAUUGUCUCUCAGAUAGGCCCUGGCCUGUGUGUGCUCGUCGGCAUCUUGGAAACGGACACGGCCAGCGAUGCAGAGUUCCUCUCCCGGAAGAUCCUGAACAUGCGCCUUUGGGACGACGUCAAAAAGGGCAAAGCCUGGGACCAAAGCGUAUCCCAGCGGGGGUACGAGGUGCUCCUCGUGAGCCAGUUCACACUGUACGGCUUCCUCAAGGGGAAUAAGCCCGACUUCCACGUGGCCAUGAAACCGCAGCUCGCCAAGGAGUUCUACGAGGGUUUUGUCGAGCGGGUGCGGCGGGAGUACCGUCCGGAGAUGGUCAAAGACGGCAUCUUCGGGGCGAUGAUGCAGGUUCACAGCGUCAAUGACGGACCUGUGACGAUGUUGCUGGACAGCAAGGGGAAUGGAAGCCAGAACGGGUUGUCUGAAACCCCCGAGCAGUAGGCCAGGCAAUUGAAAUGUUCUGAUGUACGAUAGGCGCGCUUCUUUCAGGGAAAGAGACCCCGAAUCUCUGUUGAACACGUUGCACGCACGAAAGUACAAUGGAAGGGGCCCAUCUUGAUUCAAAGGCUUCAUUGCAAGGCACUCGAUACAGCACGCGGUGACACAAAUUGGAGACGGAGAGUCACAUCCCUCUCUUGGACUGUAUAAGGUGGUCAGACAUCGGCAAAAUACCUAGCCAGUUCUGUGCCGUUUAGUCUGCCUUACCGACGUACACUUGGCGUGCCAAGCGUCAGCCCUUUGAUUGUUUGCGCAAAUGGUUGAAAUGGUACUCAGUCGACUGGGC